UCAGCGUCCUCUUCCGCCCGCUCGGCCCCUGCCAACGAGACAGGGCUGCCGGAGCCGCCGCCAUUGUUGCCGGCCUUUCUCCCCCGCCCCUUGUUCAUCCCUUUUGCGGCCUUCGGAGAAUCCGACGCCAUCCGCCAACAUGGUGAACUUCACCGUAGACCAGAUCCGGGCCAUCAUGGACAAGAAGGCCAACAUCCGGAACAUGUCCGUGAUUGCCCACGUGGAUCAUGGGAAAUCCACCCUGACUGACUCACUCGUGUGCAAAGCUGGAAUCAUUGCUUCGGCCCGUGCUGGAGAAACACGUUUCACUGACACAAGGAAAGACGAGCAGGAGAGGUGCAUCACCAUCAAAUCCACGGCCAUUUCUUUGUUCUACGAGCUGUCGGAAAAUGACUUGGCGUUCAUCAAGCAAAGCAAAGACGGCUGUGGGUUCCUCAUCAACCUGAUUGACUCCCCGGGCCACGUCGACUUCUCAUCCGAGGUCACUGCUGCCCUGCGUGUCACUGAUGGUGCCUUGGUAGUUGUGGAUUGUGUUUCUGGUGUGUGUGUCCAGACGGAGACUGUCUUGCGCCAGGCCAUCGCUGAAAGAAUCAAGCCCGUCUUGAUGAUGAACAAGAUGGACAGGGCUCUGCUAGAGCUGCAGCUGCAGCCCGAGGAGUUGUACCAGACUUUCCAGCGCAUUGUGGAGAACGUCAAUGUCAUCAUCUCCACCUACGGUGAAGGCGAGAGUGGCCCGAUGGGCAACAUUAUGAUCGAUCCAGUUCUGGGCACUGUUGGCUUUGGUUCAGGCCUGCAUGGCUGGGCAUUCACCCUGAAGCAGUUUGCUGAGAUGUAUGUGGCCAAGUUUGCAGCCAAAGGCGAAGGGCAAUUGAACGCUGCUGACCAUGCCAAGAAGGUGGAGGACAUGAUGAAGAAGCUUUGGGGAGACAAGUACUUUGACCCGGCCACUGGCAAAUUUAGCAAGUCUGCCACCAGCCCGGAUGGAAAGAAAUUGCCUAGGACUUUCUGCCAGCUGAUUCUGGACCCAAUCUUCAAGGUGUUCGAUGCAAUCAUGAACUUCCGGAAAGAGGAGACGGCCAAGCUGAUCGAGAAGCUGGACAUCAAAUUAGAUAGCGAAGACAAAGAUAAGGAAGGGAAGCCCUUAUUGAAGGCCGUCAUGAGGCGUUGGCUGCCUGCUGGUGAGGCUUUGCUCCAGAUGAUUACCAUCCACCUGCCUUCCCCCGUCACGGCUCAGAAGUACCGCUGUGAGCUGCUGUAUGAAGGACCCCCCGAUGAUGAGGCUGCCAUGGGUAUUAAGAAUUGCGACCCCAAGGGCCCCCUGAUGAUGUACAUCUCCAAGAUGGUGCCGACUUCUGACAAAGGCCGCUUCUACGCCUUUGGGCGCGUGUUCUCUGGGGUCGUCUCCACUGGCCUGAAAGUCAGAAUCAUGGGACCAAAUUACACACCAGGCAAGAAGGAAGAUCUUUACCUGAAGCCAAUCCAAAGGACAAUUCUUAUGAUGGGCCGCUACGUUGAACCCAUUGAGGAUGUGCCUUGCGGGAACAUUGUGGGGCUGGUUGGUGUUGACCAGUUCCUGGUGAAGACGGGCACCAUCACCACCUUUGAGCAUGCUCACAACAUGCGUGUCAUGAAGUUCAGCGUCAGCCCAGUGGUGCGAGUAGCUGUCGAGGCCAAGAACCCAGCAGAUCUGCCUAAGUUGGUGGAAGGCCUGAAGAGGCUGGCCAAGUCAGACCCCAUGGUGCAGUGCAUCAUUGAGGAGUCUGGAGAGCACAUCAUAGCUGGUGCUGGGGAGCUGCAUCUGGAGAUCUGCCUGAAGGACCUUGAAGAGGACCAUGCUUGCAUUCCAAUUAAGAAAUCGGACCCAGUGGUGUCUUACCGCGAGACAGUCAGUGAGGAAUCCAGCGUGCUGUGUCUUUCCAAGUCCCCCAACAAACACAACCGCCUGUACAUGAAAGCCCGGCCCUUCCCCGAUGGCCUUGCCGAAGACAUCGACAAAGGCGAUGUCUCCGCCCGACAGGAGCUGAAGCAGCGUGCCCGCUACCUGGCUGAGAAGUACGAGUGGGAUGUGGCAGAGGCCCGCAAGAUCUGGUGCUUUGGCCCUGAUGGCACCGGCCCCAACAUCCUGACAGACAUCACCAAGGGAGUGCAAUACCUCAACGAGAUCAAGGACAGCGUGGUGGCCGGCUUCCAGUGGGCUACGAAGGAGGGGGCCCUCUGCGAGGAGAACAUGCGUGCGGUGCGCUUUGAUGUGCACGAUGUGACGCUGCAUGCCGACGCCAUCCACCGUGGGGGUGGCCAGAUCAUCCCCACUGCCAGGAGGUGCCUCUAUGCCUGUGUGCUGACCGCCCAGCCCCGCCUGAUGGAGCCCAUCUAUCUUGUGGAGAUCCAGUGCCCAGAACAGGUUGUAGGUGGAAUCUAUGGAGUGCUGAACAGGAAGCGGGGCCACGUCUUUGAAGAGGCCCAGGUGGCUGGCACGCCCAUGUUCGUGGUCAAGGCUUACCUCCCUGUCAACGAGUCCUUUGGCUUCACAGCGGACUUGAGAUCCAACACAGGGGGGCAGGCUUUCCCCCAAUGUGUGUUUGACCACUGGCAGAUCCUUCCCGGCGACCCCUUUGACAACACCACCCGCCCCUUCCAGGUGGUUGCUGAGACCCGCAAGCGCAAAGGGCUGAAGGAAGGCAUUCCAGCACUGGACAACUUCCUGGACAAAUUGUAAAGAAAAAAACACGCAGCACCAGAUUUAAAAUAAAUUUACAGAAAUCA